GCAAUUACGGAAUUCCCCUUCCCAGCGUCGCACGCAACAGUCGUAGCAGCAGCAGCAACAACAACAACAACCGCGAACGAGCAGCAGGAGACUAAAGCAGAACUAAGAAGUCGUCGCAAGAGGAGCCGACGUACCACCCGCUCGCCAUGGGAGCCGCGAUUGGCAUCUGCUCCAUUGCGAGCUGGAUCCCGUGCCUGUGUGGCCGCGCGUCCUGCUUGCUGUGCAGCUGCUGCCCCAGCGGCCGCACGUCGACGGUGACGCGCCUGGUCUACGCCUUCUUCCUGCUGCUUGGCACCAUCAUGGCGGCCGUGAUGCUGGCACCGGGGCUCGAGAAUCAGCUCAAGAAGGUGCCAGCGCUGUGCCACGGCGGCGCCGGCACGCAGGUGCCCGGCGUGCACGGCUACGUGAACUGCGAAGCGCUCGUGGGAUACGAGGCCGUGUACCGCGUGUGCUUCUCGCUCUCCGUUUUCUUCCUGCUGCUGUCGAUCAUCACCAUCAACGUGAAGACGAGCCGCGACCCUCGCGCCCACCUGCACAACGGGUUUUGGCUGCUCAAAUUCCUCCUGCUCGUCGGCAUCUUGGUCGGGUCCUUCUUCAUCCCCAAAGGCGGCUUCACCACCGCGUGGUUCUACGUGGGCAUGGGGGGAGCGUUCUGCUUCAUCCUCAUGCAGCUCAUCCUCCUGGUGGACUUUGCCCACUCCUGGAACGAGUCCUGGAUCGAGAGGAUGGAGGAGGGAAACUCACGCUGCUGGUAUGCGGCGCUCAUGACGGUGACGGUGCUGGGCUACGCGGUGUCGCUCGUGGCCGUCGUGCUCUUCUUCCUGUUCUACGCCGGCCACGAGAGCUGCGUCGCCAACAAGGCCUUCAUCUCCGUCAACAUGCUGCUCUGCCUCGCCAUCUCCAUCACCUCCGUGCUGCCCAAGAUCCAGGAGGGGCAGCCCCGGUCAGGCCUGCUGCAGUCCUCCAUCAUCACCCUCUACACCAUGUACCUCACCUGGUCGGCGAUGAGCAGUGAGCCAGAGCGCACCUGCAACCCGAGCCUCAUGUCGCUGAUGACGACCAUCUCGGGGGGCGCGGGGGGCCACGUGAACACCACGACCCCGGCCCCCACCACCUCCGCCGUGCCGGCGUCGCCGCAGUGGUGGGACGCGCAGAGCAUCGUGGGCCUGGUCGUCUACCUGCUGUGCGUCCUCUACUCCAGCAUCCGCACGUCGAGCCACAGCCAGGUGGGGCGGCUGACGCUGUCGGGAGACGAGUCGGUGCUGGUGAACGAGGGCGGCUCGGCGGACGAUGGCGUCGCCGUCAAGUCGGGGAGCGGGCCGGAGGACGAGGAGGGCGACGAAGAGGGUGGCGCGGUGCGCCGGGCCCAAGACAACGAGGCGGGCGGAGUGACCUACAGCUACUGCUUCUUCCACUUCCUGAUGUGCCUCGCUUCGCUCUACAUCAUGAUGACGCUCACCAACUGGUACCGGCCGGACGUGGACGGCAAGACGAUGGUGACGUCCUGGCCGUCCGUCUGGGUCAAAAUCUCCAGCAGCUGGAUCUGCCUGGGUCUCUACACCUGGACCCUCAUCGCCCCGCUCAUUCUGUCCGACCGCGAGUUCGACUGAUGGGUCAUCGGGUCACCGGGUGCACCGGGUCACUGGGUCACGGGCGUACCCGGGGUCGGCACCGAUGCUUUUCGCACAUGUACACACGUACACGUGUACACGUACACACGCACACGUACACACGCACACGUACACACGCACACGUACGCGCACACACAUGCACGCGUACACACGCGCGCACAUGCAUACAACAAAGGCUGGGUGGCCAGCUCCACGCCCGGCUGCCUUUUUCUCCCUAGUGACGAUGUUUGCACAUCGCACACUGGGUACUCAUUUGAGGCUGGGUCGACCUAGGGGAGGCCCAGGAUCGGUUCAGAUAAUCGUCACCGGUGUUGGUGGCCGUGAGCGGGAAUGCAACUUCUGUAGCCGGGGUUCAUAGCGCAGCGUUGCACUAACCACUAUACUACUCGACGCACGUGCACGCACACAUACGCGCACGCACAUAGGCGCACGCACAGACACACGCACAGACACACGCACAGACACACGCACAGACACACGCACAGACACGUACACACACACACACAGACACGUACACACACACGCACAGAAACGUACGCACACACGCACAGACACACGCACGUCUCCCUGCACCAAGGGGCUUUGUUUUUUGUGGCUGGGUGUGUAGCGUUUCGGCAGGUUUCAGAGGGGGACGGUGGAUAUUCCACAUUCCUAUGACAGGAAAGAUUUUGUCCAGAAGCAUGACCCGCAUAUGUAUACUACCAGCAUCGUCGUGAAAGGAAGGAGCCAUGGUCAAUCCACUGCUGGAUGUGAAGGCUUCCCCGGUUGACCGCUGCCCACCCGCGGUUCCCGUACCCGCGCACAAACACGGCGACACACACACGCGUUAACAUACGUUCGUGCGGCCCUCGUCAUAGGAAUGUGGAAUUUUCACCACUGGCUCUGCACCACUGGAUAGAGAUUAGUGCAUUUUGUUUGUGCGUGGAAACGCAGUGAAUAUUUUUCUACGUGGUGAAUGCGCACGCACACCGCACCGCUCCUCCGACUAUCACGGUUGGCUACGUACGGUGCGAAAGAAGUUCAACAUAUGUAAACACACACACACACGCAGUAUAUACCAGGGGUGGCGAAACCAUGCCCCCUGAUAAGUUCAUAUACCACUGCAUCGAGACACAGCUUAUUAUUAACUUUGAAAUAUAACUUUAGUUGACACGGGGGUGGGAAAUCUGAGGAAGCAGCCGAGGGGCGCUCCCGCGGAUUUCUAAACUUUUUCAAUAGACAGGACUGUAACUUUUAUUUGGCUCUUGGCCCUUGGAGGGUUUGCAGGCUCGGGACAUUUGGUUGUGGUGGCUGGCACUGGGCAUCGGCAACUCCCCGAGUCAGAGCUGAGCUGUGGUGGUGGUGGUGGGGGAGAGGCGGUCACAGAGUGGUGGUUGAAGUGGUUCCAUUGCAUAAUAAAUAAUAGGUGGUGUGUAAAAAUGAGCUCAAAUAAAAAAAUGCUAAUUAAAAAAAAGUCCCAAGUUUCUCUUACACGUUCUGUAUCUCGCUUGUCAUCAUACCGCAUCUCUCUUAUUUUUUCUCUAAUCGCGCGACAUAUCUCAUCUCUCUCGUGCCUCCAUCUGUCUUCGCUUGCCUCUGUCUGCUCGCUCUCACUCACGUGUCUCUGUCUUGGCCGUGUCUCUCGGCUUGUCAUCUCACCGUACAUCUCCAUGUCUACAUUUUUCCGCCCCACGUUUGUCUCCUCUCUCAAAUCUCUUCUGUCAUCUCACUGAGUUUAUACACUUAAGGGGCAGGGGGGGCGUGGGGGGUAACCCCCUUAAUUGAUUUCGGCUGAGACCCCCCCCCCCCCCCCCAUUGAGCCAACACCACCACCACUGCACCACCCCUGGUCUGUACCCUGCACACAACGCUAUCCGCUCUUGCAUGUGUAUUGCUUUGUUAUAAUCGCUCUUGGGGAGUUGGUAAUCAGUGGACGCGGCGGGAUGACGAUGGAUGUGCGGUCUACUUACGAACGAGUUCGGUUCCAGUGGUCUGUUCGUAAGUCGAUUUGUUCACAAGUCCAACUGUACUCCCGUCGAUUCCAAACGUGUUGUACGGCGUGUACACUAAACACGGGGGAAUGGCUUUGAAAGUUGUAUAAUCUCUAGAUGUAGAUGCCACUGGUCUCUUCACGUUCUUGCAGAUGUAGAUGCCACUGGUUCUUCACGUUCUGUAGAUGUAGAUGCCACUGAUUCUUUACGUUCUGUAGAUGCCACUGGUUCUUCACGUUCUGCAGAUGUAGAUGCCACUGGUUCUUCACGUUCUGCAGAUGUAGAUGCCACUGGCCUCUUCACGUUCUGUAUAUGCAGAUGCCACUGGUUCUUCACGUUCUGUAGAUGUAGAUGCCACUGGUUCUUCACGUUCUGCAGAUGUAGAUUCCACUGGUUCUUCACGUUCGGCAGAUGUAGAUGCCACUGGUUCUUCAAGUUCUGUAGAUGUAGAUGCCACUGGCCUCUUCACGUUCUGCAGAUGUAGAUGCCACUGGUUCUUCACGUUCUUGCAGAUGUAGAUGCCACUGGUUCUUCAUGCUCUGCAGAUGUAGAUGCUACUGGUUCUUCAUGCUCUGCAGAUGUAGAUGCCACUGGUUCUUCACGUUCUUGCAGAUGUAGAUGCCACUGGUUCUUCAUGCUCUGCGGAUGUAGAUGCUACUGGUUCUUCAUGCUCUGCAGAUGUAGAUGCCACUGGUUCUUCACGUUCUUGCAGAUGUAGAUGCCACUGGUUCUUCACGUUCUGCAGAUGUAGAUGCCACCACCGCCAUCUAUUUAUUGCACGGCGGUUGAACUUACGACUCUCGGUCCGAACAGGCAACUGGACAUACGGACGGGUUUGUUCGUAUCUCUGAAAGUUCACAAGUCGAAUGUUUGUAAGUGCAGGAGUCCCUGUACUUGCACCACUCCUGGUCUGUACCCUGUACACGAUGCUACCCGCUGUUUUGUUGUGUGCAUUGCUUCGUUACGAUCACUCUUUGGGAGUUCUUGGUAAUCGGUGGGCGCCGCGGGUUGACGACGCUGUGCUGUCACGAGCACUUUGCGUCGUCCCUGAGCACGCUUUGAAUGCGAUGUUGAUUUCGGAAAGUAAAUGAAAAUGUUUGCUGUUCA